CAACCACAAGAGCCUUGUGGCACUAUAUACGACCAAAGAGAUGACAUUUUGACAAGAAACCUAAAUAACGAAAUAAAGAUUAAAGUUACCAUUAAAUACUAUAUAAAUAAUUUCAACAUACAUUAAAAGAUUUGCACAUUAUUUUUAAAGUAAAUAUUUUAGUUAUGUCAUAUCAAUUGUACAGAAACACCACAAUCGGGAAUACGCUUCAAGAAAGCCUCGAUGAACUUAUACAAUAUGGCCAAAUAACUCCCAAUCUAGCCAUUAAAGUUUUAUUACAGUUUGAUAAGUCUAUUAACCAAGCGCUUUCAAGCCGAGUUAAAUCUAGACUUACUUUUAAAGCUGGAAAAUUGAAUACAUAUAGGUUUUGUGAUAAUGUUUGGACAUUCAUGUUAAAUGAUGUGGAGUUCAGGGAAGUUCAAGAAAUAGCAAAAGUGGAUAAAGUAAAAAUUGUUGCUUGUGAUGGUAAAAAUGUUGAUGACAGAAGAUAAUACUAAAUAUGGAGAGACAGUUACUAUUUUGAUAUUAGCCAUUUGUGGAUGAUUUUGCUUAAAGUUAUAUCUGGACAUAAUUAUUAAAAUGCCUGUGUACUGAUUAAAUGAUUCAUAUGACUUA